CUUGUUUCUAAAUAACAAAAACCCUAAUAAAAUGCAAACUAGAGUUAUCGUGUUAGUAUUUGGUUAUCGUUUUAUAACCACAACUAACAGAUUUCUUAAAUUAGUUUUCAUAUUUUUAUUUUUAACACACUUUUUAAACUCUCCCUUAGCAAUUUUACUUAUACCCUGUAGCUUUCAAUUUAAGACUCCGCUAGAAUACACAACAAACCUAGAAUGUCUCGUAAACAUACAGCAAGAAUAAGUCCUACACAAUCUAUUAAAUCCCAUUCCCCCAAAAGCUCUAGAGAAGAUGAAACAACUUCAUGUCAAGAGGAACUUAAUUUUGAUUCAAUUUGGCAGACAAUAUCACAACUAGAACAUUAUUUAAUAGAAGAUCAUAGACAAGAUUAUAAAUUACGUAUGGCUUUGGACAGACAAACUGAAAGAGUUUUGGACCUGCAAGCCUGUUUAAGAAAUGAAAGGCAGAGAAAUAAACGUUUGGUAGAUUUAAUAUUGACCGUAAACAACUGUAUUACAGAGGAAGAGGAAGAAAGAGAUGACAAAAUAACAAAUAAAUCUAUAAAUGAAUGUUGUGAAACCAUAAGUCCACUAUUAAUGCAACAAAGACAUGAAGAUUUAAUUUCCUCUUACAAUAUAUGCCGCAAACAGUUAUUAAAAUAUGACAAAGAAUUAAAAGUCCAUAAAUGUGAGCUAGAAUUAUUGCAGUCGAAUUAUGAUAAUCUCAUAUAUGAAUACAAACAGUCGCAAAAACGUUUGGAAAGAAUUUACCAACAUUAUUUACGUUCAAAGAAAAUUAAAAACCAUAAGAUAGAAUAUCUAGAAGAAGCCCUAAAUUAUGCUACAAAUUGUUUACUAACAGCCGAACAGAUUUUAGAUUCCCUGGCAGCUACUUCUAAUCAAGAUUUUAGGUUAUUUAGACAAGAUUUUCAACAAAAUUUACAGUUAUAUUUUAAUUGUUUACUUUUAAGUGAGUGGAGACAUUGUAAAUGUCAUUUAAAAUCAAAUAAAAGUUAA